GCUCGCGGCAAUGGCCUAGGGAUGCACACUGCAGCACGCUAUUACACUAGGAAUUAUCCAGGAUGGAGAACAGGAGAUCGCACAGGAGCCGGUCCAUGGCGCCCCCUGCUCCAUCUCCCUGCAGGAGGGGCAGGAGCCCACACCAGCAACAGAGCCCAGGGCAGGCUCAGGGGGGAAAACGUGUCCACAGGGGACAGGAAUGAGACCUGCAUGGUGUGGAGCGUCCAGGCAGGCAGGCUGGAGAAGCUGGUGGGAAACCUGGUGCCUGCCUUCCUGGGCAGGGCCCCCUCCAAACUCCCCACAUUCCUGGACACCUACAGGGCUUUCCCUACCACCCAGCAGAUGCUGGACCUUCUCUUCACAAGAUAUGGAUGCAUCCUCCCUUACUCUGAUGAGGACGGUGGACCCCUGCACCAGCUGAAAAUGUCCCUCACUCUGGGGAAGAAGCCUGUACAUUAUGAGUUGCUGACUGAAGAGGCCCCCAUGGCCUGGCACCGAGGGAGACCAGCAGACAGAGGAGCACCUGGGUCCUGACUCGAGUCCACAGCCCCAAACCCCUGGGAGACACUGGCAGAGGCCUCCAGCUGAGUCCUGUUCAAUUCCCGGCCCACAGAUAGUGUGAGAUAAUGUUUGUUGCUUAAGCCACUAAGAGUGGCUAAUGCUGUCACACACAGUGGAUCACUCACACGGCCAUCAAGCACCAGGCCCUGGCCCUGCCCUCCCUACUGUCCCCUACUGUCCUUCCAAGCUCCCACCAGCCACACUGGCCCCCUUCUGACUUCCUCUCUGGCCAAACACAUUCAGCUUCUAUGUUUCGUGCCUUCUUCUAGGCUAAUUCUCCCCAGAUGUGUGCAGGGCUGGCUCCUUCUCGUCUCACUGCUGGGAACAGACAUGUCACCUCAAUGCAGCCUUUCCAGAUCCCCUCACCUAGUGGACUCCAGGACCCCGUUGUGGCACCCUGCUGUUUUUCGAUAUAGAACUUGCUGUUUUCUUUCUUUUGUUUCUGUAUUCUUGGUUUUGUCUAUUUUCCCUUCUAGACUGUGAGCUGCUAGAGGGCAGGGACCCUGGUGGUUCUUUUCAUCAUGGCCCCCAUUUGAAGGCUCAGGGCACAGCUGGUGAAUGAGUAGAUAAGAGGCUCUAUCCUGCCACUGACAAGCUCAGAUGUUAGAGAUGGAUGCUAAUAAGAGGAGGUACAGGCCAGGUCAGGGGCAGGGGAAUUUUCAGGAGUCCAGGGGACACUCUCCUGGCCCCAGUUGCUCCAGUAGAGCACACUGGACACAUCAUUCCCCCUGAUGGGAACCACCCAUACUACACACCAAGCAGGGAAGCCACAG